GGCUUCGACCGAGAGCAGCGACGAGACAGCGACCGCCGCCAGCCAUGGAUGAAGGAAUCCCCCGCCUGCCCGAGCGGCAGCUCCUGGAGCACAGGGAUUUUCUGGGGCUGGACUAUCCGUCCCUGUACAUGUGCAAGCCCAAAAGAGGCGUGAAGAGGGACGAGAGCAAGGAGACGUACAAACUGCCGCACAGGCUGAUAGAGAAGAAGAGGCGAGACAGAAUUAACGAGUGCAUUGCCCAGCUGAAGGACCUGCUGCCCGAGCAUCUGAAGCUGACGACGCUGGGACACCUGGAGAAAGCGGUGGUGCUGGAGCUGACUUUGAAACACCUGAAGGCGCUGACGGCCUUGACGGAGCAGCAGCACCAGAAGAUCGUCGCCUUGCAGAGCGGGGAGCGGUCCAUGAAGUCUCCUGUGCAGGCCGACCUGGACGCUUUCCACUCGGGCUUCCAGAUGUGUGCCAAGGAAGUGCUGCAGUACCUCUCCCGCUUCGAGAGCUGGACCCCCCGCGAGCAGCGAUGCGCGCAGCUCCUCGGCCACCUGCACUCCAUCUCCUCGCAGUUCCUCGCCGGCCCCCAGCUCCUGUCCCCGCCGCCGGGCCCCCUCACCAAGGGAUCCUCCUCCUCCUCCUCUUCCUCCCCGCCCGCCCCCCCCUGCCACAAGCCGGAGGGCCAGGCUAACUGCGUGCCCGUCAUCCAGCGGACUCACGCCGCCGAGCUCAGCGCCGAGACCGACACGGACACGGACAGCGGCUACGGCGGUGAGGCCGAGGGGCGCUGCGAGCGGGGCCAAGCCCCGGCUGCGGGGGCGCCGGGGGCGCUGCCCGGCCUGGCCAUCAAGCAGGAGCCGUCGGGGGACGAGGCGCCCCCCGCGCCCAAGCGCCUCAAGCCGGACCGCGGCGGCAGCCCCCUGCCCGCCCCGCCGGGGCUGGCGGCGAGGGGCGCCGAGGCUGCGGCGGCGGCGGCGCUAGUGAGACCCGAGGCCGCGCUGCUGGGCUCGCUGAUGGCCCUGGGGGCAGGCGGCGGCGGGGGGGGGCCCUUCGGACAGCCGGCCGCCCCCUUCUGCCUGCCCUUCUACUUCAUAUCGCCCUCUGCCGCCGCCGCCUACGUGCAGCCCUUCCUGGAUAAAGGCAGCCUGGAGAAGUAUCUCUACCCCGCCGCCCCCAUCCCGCUCCUCUACCCCGGCAUCCCGGCGCAGGCGGCCGCCGCCGCCGCCGCAGCCGCCGCCUCCUUCCCCUGCCUCUCGUCUGUGCUCGGCCCCGCCGAGAAGGCGGCGGCCGCCGCCGGGCUGUCCCCGGCGCCCCACCUCCCGCACCCCUUCGUCGCCGCCGAGCCCGCAGACGAGCCCGAGCCCGCCGCCGCCGAGGGGCCCUGA